GCCGUGGGGGCCCGCCGCUGCCGCAGCGCUUGAUUCCUCCCGGCGGCGCGCCGCCACGCCGCCAGUCAGCGACCGUCCGCCGCCGGGACCACCUCUCCACUCGACGCCAAGCCCCUUCCACACCGAGGCGCCAUGGCCAUCACACUGUACGGCGACGAGCUCAGCCCGCCGUUUCGCGCGGUGCUGCUCGUGUGCAAGGCCCUCGGCGUCGAGUACGAGUUCAAGAAAGUCAGCCUGCUGGGCGGCGAGCAGAUGAAGGCCGAGUUUGUGGCCAUCAACCCACUGCACACAGUGCCGACCAUCAAGGACGGUGAUUUUGUUCUUUGGGACAGCCACGCCAUCGCCACCUACUUGGCCGACAAGAGUGGCAGCGACGCCUGGUACCCCAAGGACCUCAAGAAGAGGGCCAUCGUGAACCAGCGCCUGCACUUCGACAACGCAAUCCUCUUCACCAGGAUCAGGGACAUGCUGGAACCUGUGGUGUUCCGAGGCGCCACCUCCUUCGAGGCGGAGAAGAUGAAGAGGCUAGAGGACGCCCUAAAGCUGCUGUCCGACCUCAUCCGGGACGGCCCCUGGCUGGCCGGCGACAAGCCCACCAUUGCGGACUGCUGCGCCGCAGCCAACGUGUCCACCAUCCUGGCUGUCCUGCCCUCCGUCAACGUGCCCGAAAAGGUCGCCGCCUGGCUCAAGAAGUGCGAGCAGCAGCUGCCCGAGUACAACACCGCCAACAAGCCGGGAUGCGACAACCUGGGAGAGAUCAUGCAGGCCAAGAUCAAGCAGUAGCACCCCGACCAAUCACCUCGCAUGCCUGCCUUUCCGCCUAAGUCAUCAAAAGAUGGAGUCCAAAGAGCCAGAACACUGGUACUAAUAGUAUUUUUCACCUCGUUUACAGCGUGCCAGCACUAAUUUAAAAUUAUUUAUUAUGUCAAAACUCUUACAGAAUCCUGGUAUAAUAAAAGUAAAUUGCACCUAAA